AUGGGAUCACCAAAAUUUAAUAUUGGCAAACAAUUAUUGUCACCUUCACCUCCUUCAAGUCCAAUACGACAGAAUAUUAAACCAUGGAAGAAAUUAUUAUAUUUGCAACAAUCGUAUCCCGAUAAUUAUACAGAUAAAUCAUUUUUAUCUCAAUUGAAAAGAAAUACAACAGUUGCAAAAUAUUCUUAUUUAAAAUUAAUUGAUGAUUUUUCAUUAAUUGUAUUUUAUAUAACUAAUAUAUUACUUGUUAUAUUAAUGUUUAUUGGUAUUUAUGUACAUGAAUGGGAUCCAACAUUAUCUAUAAUAAUAACAAGUUUAAUAUCAACUAUUAUACUAUUUAUAUUUCAAACAAGUAUUAAUCUUAAAUCAUUCAUAUUAAUUACAUUUAUAUUAUUAAUUUGUUCACCUAUUCUUAAAUCUUUGACUAAAUCUACAUCAUCAGACUCAAUUUGGGCGAUUUCGUUCAUUUUAUCAAUUUCAAAUACGAUAUUUCAUGAGUAUACAAAUGAAAAAAAUGAUUAUAAACCAAUUACAUCUACUAAUAUAUCAUUAUCGAAUGCAAUUGUCCUAGCAUCUAGAUUAAAUUCAACAUUACAAGUAUUUUUGUUCAUACUAUAUUCAAUUCAAGUUAAUAUACUACUACCAUUAUUUGAUUAUAAAUUGAGAGUUUCACAGUAUAAAAAACUCCAUUAUAUUUUAUUCCUGGUGCUAAUUACAAUUACAAGUUAUCUUAUUUAUAAUUUACUCAAUUAUAUGUUCCUAAUAUAUUGGUUAAUAUCAAUAGUUACUAUACUACUCAUUAUACCAUAUUAUUUCUUAUCAUUGCAAAGAUAUAAGAAUGAAUUACAAGGACCAUGGGAUAUAGCUAAACCUAAACUAUUAAGUAAAGAAAUGUAA